AUGUUCAGUAAUCGCCAAAACAGCCAAAAGCCUGAUGGCGAGUUCAUCACUCGCUUCCAACAGGCCUUCCAAGAAAUUGUUCCCCGAAGAGACAGCCAUGAAGGGCACGGCGAUGGCACUUACGACCCUAGAGGCGAUCCCAUGAUGUCUCAAAGGUUUGUAGAGCCCAGUUCUUUACAACGUCUUUUUUUUUCUAACAAAAUCGCAUUCAGGCUAGCCGAUAAUUCUGAAACGAAAAUUGAGAGUCACGAUGUCAAGUUCUCCAACAACAACAAUCCCAAUGACCGAACACCGCGAAACAUGCAUGAAUUAGGAUUGACACCCUCCUGGAUGGAACCUGGGUCCUACUCGAUGAUGCCGAUUGCCAACCAACACUCUGGAUUUUAUACCCCGAAUUCCGGGGGAAUGGGUGCAAUCUUCCACAAUCAAGCUGGCGACUUGCACACGCCAACGGGAAUGCACUUAAUCACUCCACUCUCUCUGUCCGGCUUUCCCCCGGGACAUCACCCGCAUGCCACUGGCUUUGAGCCCUUCAACCCGCAUUUUUUGAACACUAUGAACGAUAUGAAUCAGUACCCCCAACAGUCUUACGCCCCUAGCGCUUUCAUGAAUCGCGAUGCGGGGUACGAUGCAAUGGACGAUUCAAUGGAUAAUUCAUCUUUCAACGAUGUGCAGGCCGAAACCGCAUCUAAUAUUACAGCAUCAACAGAUUUCUCUGCCGCACAAGAAAGUGGCGGCGGAGACAUGUCUUAUGCCAAAGGCGACAAAUUCCGGUUCAAUCUCUCUCUACGAGCACCGACAGCAAUGGUGAAGAACAAGAUGGAAAUUCCCAUCACCUAUUUGAACAAAGGACAGGCAUACAAUCUCUCCGUCAUGGAUUCCUGCCCCCCGAUGAUGACUCAUGAGCCGGUCCGGUAUCGAACAUGCGUCCGUGUGUCUUUUGAAGAGCAUGAACAGAGAGCCAAGCCGUCAACGUGUUGGCAACUCUGGAAGGAAGGAAGAGGUUCCAGUGAAGCCCACCAACGUGGGGGCAAAUUAUUAGCAGUCGAGUAUGUGGAUCCUCUCCAGGGUGGCGGCGACGUGCACAAGCAUCGGCAGGUCCAAGUCGAAAGUAUGUCCGUCGACGGUUUUUGCGUCACCUGGACCGCAAACCCUGCGACUGGUAUCUCCGACUGCCACAUUCCUGUCCGAUUCAACUUUCUCUCUACCGACUUCAGUCACUCAAAAGGUGUCAAAGGAAUUCCCGUCCGACUCUGUGCGAAAACCGAGAUUAUUUCUCCAGGGGAGGAAUCCGGCGUUCCCCGCGAGAUGGAGUUGUCUUAUUGCAAGGUGAAGCUUUUCCGGGACCACGGAGCGGAGCGAAAGCUUUCCAACGAUAUUGCACACGUUAAGAAGACCAUCGAGAAGCUCAAACAGCAGAUCACGCAAGCUGAGAUGGGUGGUGGUUUCGGCAAGCGCAAGCGCGGUAAUAAUAAUUCGGCCUCCACAAAGGGAUCCGACCGAGGUAUCAAAACUGGGAGCCACAAACGGACUUGGUCAAUGGGCUCAGACGACGGUCCCCCGGAAAAGAUUUCUCUCGAGGACGACUUACAGUCGAAACUCUCAAUGAUGCAGGAGAUGUUCUCUUCCACUCGUCCUGUAAGCAUACUCGGCUUGCGCGGCGAAGAGGCCGAUGAUCCAGACCUAUAUCCGAUUAAGCUGGACGGCGAUGCUUCCAGAUUCGAGAAAACGAACCGCCAUAACGUGAAUGACUUGAACUCUGCGGAGUCCAUGAUGCCAUCACCCGCCAACACCAACACAUCUUCCUCCAAUUCUCCCCCUUCCCUCCCUACUAGGUCAUUGAAACACCCGACCACCAUUAAGCGAAACCCUUCAUCCGAGAAGGUUCCACGAGGAUAUCUCGAGGCUGUUGGCAUUGACGCAUCCUACCGACCUCCUGUUGAAAUACCACCCAAGCCAAUUGCUUGCUUCUACAUUCGCUUCGCCAAACCCGAACAAUCUCCUCAGAAUUGCUACCGUGCCAUCUAUCUCUCAGAACGUACCGUCCGGGAUUUACUCAAACAAAUCUUCGAGACCUCUGAUGUCGACCCAUCUCGCGUGGCUCACAUAAUGCAUGUCACCGAAAAAGGCCUACGAAUUACGGUCGAUGACAAUGUGGUCCGUGAACUUCCCGAGGGCCAAGAUAUGAUCAUUGACGUUAGCGACGCAUCCGCUCCUGAUGGUAGUGAUCCUGGCGCGGCUGGAUCGUCUCUUGACCUCAAAUUAACCUACUGA